AUGUGCUCGUAUGCCUAUGUUAGAAUGAGAAAGCAAGUGAAACAGCGCGUAGCGAUAUUUUUGCGCAUGUGCCAUGUGGAAUAACAAGGGUGACUGAGUGGAGAUCGUAGGAUGGGGAAAAUGCUCGGUAACAAUGAUCUUAGAAUAGAAGAGGUCGAUCGUACGUCACAGUAGAGCGAGAAAUCGCCGGGACUUGUUUGCAAGAUCGCGAGGGAAGUGGCCGAUAUCUGUGCAAAUCGGGUUCAGCGGAUUCUCGGCCGCGUGCUUGCCUGAUGGAGAUGGAAGACGAGGCGAAGCACAAUAUCGAUAAGCUCGUCGACGACUUGAAGUGCGUCGUGAGACUCGAGGCCUCGCAGGAUGAAUGCCCCAAUGUUGCGCAGAUACUGGAUUCUGUGGUGAACGUUAGCAAAACGUCGAUCGGGGAGACCACUGAACUGGUCAUUGACGAAGUCUUCCUAAAGCUGCUCGGGCACAAAUCUAAACAGAUCGUGGCGAAGACUGCAAAGGCCAUUGCCGAGAUCGCAAAGACUGAUCGUGGAAGAGAAAAGUGCACCGGUUUUGAGUUGAUACGUACACUGGUUAACUUGCUGAACGAAGAGGAUGUAGACAUAUUGACGCAGACCUCCAGAGCUCUAGGAAACAUCUGCUAUGAGAAUGAAAUGGGUAAAAAUCUGGUAAGGGAGCAAGACGGCUUGAAGAUGAUUCUAGCACUACUGAAGAAAGGAAUUGCCCUGGAUAACGUCGAGGGCGCCAGCUUUCUGCGAAAUGUUGCCGCUGGAUUUUUAUUGAACUUUUUGGUGGAUCAGGAUGUGUUGUACAAGAAGGUACUCGAGGAGGACAUGGUACCGAUUAUUUGCAGCGUCUUGGAAAAAGAUGGCAUUAGCGGUGGCGAAGCGGCGAUGCACGUGUUACUCACUCUUGGUAUACUGAACGACGAGAAUAUUAUAUUUCUAGACGAGAGGUUGACGAGAGUUCUGGUUGAUAUACUGGCCAAUGACACUUCCUCCGAGCUGUCUGAGAUGUGCUUGGAGCUCUUGCACGGCCAAGCAGAAGACGAAAAUGCAAAGCUGUUGUUGGCUAAGGCAGGAGUGUGUGAGUUGCUCCUGAAACUACUAGAGAAGCAUGGCCCCCAGUGCAAUGACGAGGAAACUCGGUCGAUUCUCAAAGUUGCCUGUAACUUAAUCGUUUUGAUUUUAACUGGAGACGACAGCAUGAAUUUUCUAUACGACGACAGCAAGGGUCCUGUAUACAGCAAACUAGUAGAAUGGCUAGAAAGCGUUGACGAAGACUUGCAGGUCACUGCCGUUUUGGCCAUGGGCAAUGUUGCGCGGACCGACACACAUUGCAAGCGCAUGGUCGAGCAGGGCGUUCAUCGAAAGUUGUUAAAACUUCUCGAAAGAAACGGCGGCACGUCGGGCGACAUUAGGUGCCAGCACGCCUUGCUCAGCGCGUUACGCAACCUCGUUAUACCCGCGGAUAACAAAUCGCUGAUCCUUGCCGACGGUUUGUUCGACGUUCUCUACCCAAUGCUGGAGAUCCCGACCUUUCCCGUUGUUUUCAAAUUGCUGGGAACGCUCAGGAUAGUCAUAGACGGUCAAAGGGAAGCGGCGGUCUCUUUAGGGCGAAGAGAGGACUUGAUUAAGCGGACGGUUGAAUGGUGCGGUACCAAGGACCACCCUGGUGUCCAGGGCGAGGCCAAUCGAUUAAUUGCCUGGCUAAUAAACAACAGCAGGGACAAGCAGAUUGCCUUGUCAAUUAUCAAGUAUGGUGCGGUGCAGCACCUAGUUGACAUGCUUCUAGCGCAACACGCGCUAAUGCAAAACGAAGCGAUUCUGGGUCUUACGAUACUGACGAGGAUCUGCCCGGCGGAAUCCGAGGAGUUGCUGAUCAAAGCUGGCUUUGGGUGUAACAUGUGCGAGUUUUUCAAGCGCGAGGGUCUUGAGGUGCACAUCGCACUCAACGCACUGUCGCUAUUGGACAGCGUUCUGCAAUCAGACCGACUGAAGGAACAUCUCAAGAGCUGCGGAUUGGCCAACGCGUGCAAGAUCCUGCAGCUGCGUAUAAAUGAGACCACCGCCGCGGAGUUGCAGGCUCGAGUUACCAAUUUGCGAGCGGCGCUGGGCACUGCCUUGGGAACGAACUGCGACUAGGGCCGACGACGACGACGAUCGCGAUGACGAUGGCCAACUCGGAACCUUACGCGCUCGCGCGCGCUGCCAUUCCCUCGUUGUAUCUUCCAUCAUUCCAAAGAACCAAACAAACUUCUUCAACGACCAAAUCGUCCCCAAUUUGAUCUACAGAUUGCAAAACAUAUUUUAUUUAUCGAGAAAUAUAUAUUCUAUUGAUGUACACGU